UGGGGCAAAUAGCUGCCCGUCAGCGCUGUCGCCUGGCAACGGGGGCGGGCUGCUCCGGAGGAAAAUCCAUGCCGGAGACCUGAAAGAGAAUUCUGCCGGAUACAAGGAGACAUGGGCAACAGCAGAAGCCAGUCGGGGCCGAGGUUUUGUUCACAGUUUCUCCCCGAGGAGCAGGCCAAGAUCGAUGGGUUGUUUGACGCUCUGUCAUCGGAGAAGCAGCGCCCGGAUACCUCCCCCAGGUCCUUCUCUCUGAAGGCACUAAAGAGCCACCUAGGGGAAGCCCUUCCCCCGGAGAUGGUCACAAGACUGUACGAUGGCAUGCGGAGCCUCGACCUGCCGGGGAAGGCGAAGGGGCCCAGCGAGAGCGUCUCCCGGGAGCAGUUCACAAUGUUCAUGUCCCACUUGCUAAAGGGAAGCUCCGAGGAGAAGAGUCUUGUGAUCAUGAAAAUGAUUUUUGCCACAGAAGGUCCCAUGAAAGCGAGAGAAGUCCAGGAGUUCACGGAGGAUCUGGUUGGCUCUGUAGUGCACGUGCUAAACUACAGACAGGAGCUGAGAGGCUGGACCCAGAAGAGGGGCCCGGGCCCCCCGCCCGGGGUGCAGGUGCUGGCCGCCCAGCUCUUCUCCGAGAUGGAACUCCGAGGCAACGAGGAGCUUCCGGGGCCUCAGCAGCUGGACCGUGACUGUGACCGAGCCGUGAUCGAGGACUGGGUGUUCAGGGCCCCCCACGUGGCCACGUUCCUGAGCGUGGUCGUCCACAGAGGCUUUCUCCUCCCACGCUUGUCCCUCGAUCUGGCCCCCCUGGUCCCUGAGCGUCACGUGGAUCAGGAGAGGGUGUUUGAGAGCAUCCUGGACGUGCCGUCGGUCAUCUACGUCAACGCCCACCUGCCCAGGGAGCAGCGACACCGCUGGCACCUGCUCUUCUCGUCUGAGCUCCACGGGCACAGCUUCGCCCAGCUCUGUGGGCGCAUCACCCACCAGGGCCCCUGCGUGCUGCUGCUCGAGGACCGUGAUGGCCACGUGUUCGGUGGGUUUGCGUCCUGCUCCUGGGAGGUCAAGCCUCAGUUUCAAGUGCGGUUCUGGAUGUGGUCAGGAGAAAGGAGAUGCUGCCUCAUGUGGUCUGGUGCUUCCUGGGUUUCUUCUUUGAUUCUGGCAGCAGAGGAAGGCAGAGAGGACAGGGAUCCUGACCCCGGAUUCAGGCCCGGCGGCAGUGGCCCGGCAUUAAUAAACCGCGCCGGGUCCGGGCCACGGGGAGGCUGGGGGCUUGGGCUGCUCCUGUCCGAUGGGUGUCUCCUCCACGGGCCGCCCCCCUUCCUGGACAGCCCGUCCCCAGCCCGUGAGUCUGCGUUGCUGCUUCUGUCUGUCCCUUCUGCCCUGGUUUUUCAGUCUUGUGACUUCGUUGUAAUUCGAACGCUCUUGAUGUGACUUUCCGUGCACUGGACGGCGGUCUCUUAAGGAAAUUUUUCCGGUUCCGUAAAGAAAAGUGUUCUGAUAAACAUUUUUAAAGGACCAUUCAUCUCCUGGGCAGCAGGCUGCUCACACACUCAGAAGUGAUGUCCCUGCGUGAGCCCCGGCGUGUGGCCCCGGAGGGUCUCCUUGGCUGUGAAACGGGCCUUUCCUGGAGGUUCUGGGAGACCCGAUGCAGCCCUAUCCUCACGCCCAGGAGCCAAAUGGUUAAUACUGGCCCUGAACAGGUCCUUAGACGUGACAGACGGGGUGGAAAGGCAGUCCCUUGGGGACAGGGACUGCGUGUCUGAACUAGGUCAUCUGUUCGUCCCCAGCCUUCUCUCCAUGCCACUCUGUGGGGGCCUCCUGACCAGCCCCCUGGUGUCCCUCUCACCUUCUGGUCCAUCCAUCGUGUCCCAGCGCGUCUGACAUGCUGCCCUUCCUCUGAGACCCUGAACGCUGCCCACAGGAGGUCGCCUCUUCUCUCCAGCCUCCUGACCCGCGCCUGUCCCUGGUGCUUUGUGUGCAGUCUCCCCGGACCCCCUGCAAGCGGCACCCUCCCAUCCUCUGAUUCGGCACACGCUUCUCUUCCUCUCCCCCCGACCUGUUGGCAUGGCCUCGUUGGGACUCAGCGCAAGGUCACCUCCUCCAGGAAGCCUUCCCAAACGUGGGAGGGCCAUGUGCUUCCUGCGCAUCCUCUGUCAUACUGCACACCUCUGCACACCUUCCUCCACUCCGCGAGCUUCUGCGGGCCGGGACGUCGUGUCCAGGUGGCACAGCUGCCAUUACUGGGUCGGUGGAAGGAGCUGAAUCCCUGAGCUCCUGUUUGUUCUAGGAUUUGCUUUUCUCUGGGUUUCAGAAUGUCCUAGAUCUUGAAUCCAGUUGCUGCCACCAGCCCUUCUCCACUGUGUCCGGGACCCCCAAGACUGCCCACGUGUCAGUGACUCCCUCGGAGCACCUGCAGGUCUCAGGCUACGGUCCUCCUCGUGGCCGUGAUUUAUUACGGCAAGAGGACACGGGGCAAGGUCGGCAAAGGGACAGGGGCCAGCUUCCAGAGCCCUCUCCCCCGGGGUCACACGGGACACGCUCAGUUCCCUAGCAAUGAGGCGUGAGAGCACAUGUGAGGUGCCGCCCACCAGGGCUGCUCGGUAGGGACUCAGCGCCCCGGGUUUUAUCGGGGGGCCGGUCACGUGAGCGCCCUCUGCCCGGCACAUGCCCAAAUCCCAGAGUCCCAGGACGAAAGCAGGUGCUCGGCCUCAACCACACCGUUUGCACAAAAGUGUCGGCCCGGGGAGCCGCUCUCGCCAGCUCUGGGAGUGGGGGACCCUCCAAGCCCCCGGAUGGCGGCUGAGCGACCCUUCUGGGGGCCGCAGUCUCAGCCCUGUUGCGUUAGCUCACCUCUCGUCCCCACCCUCCUUGUCACCGUGUCUGGGGGAAUGAAUGGGGCAUCCUCCCCCCUCCCGGCCCCGCUCAAGGCCUUGGGGGAGUGACAGGUGCUGUCCGCACGGUUGGGGGCUCGGCCUCAGCAUUUGGAAGAACACGCCUAUGAGUCGCAUGGACUUCCGCCCCUCCCAGACCCUUUGGCAUUAACUCCAGGCUGUCUCCGCUGGUUUUAAUGUUUUAUUACCAAAUGGGCUUAGUCUUCAGUAAGAAGGGUGGAAAAACGCCAGCUCCCAACUUUCCAACCCCAGUCUGUGCUGUUCCGAGACGUGAGGGCAGAGGUCCGGCAGAGGGCAGCCUCGCGUCCCAGACGCAGGUCAGGUUCAGCGCAGGAGCUGCCCUCACUGCUUGACGUUGCGGGCCUGAUGUGUCGUAGCAGCUGCCGAGUCGCUUCCGUUUUGCUUAUGUGUCUGUGGUGCGGUGGACAGACCGGCGGCUUUGGGCCGAGCAGACGGUCUCCCCGGUGCUGGGCGGGGGGCUCGCCUUCCCCGGCCUGGGCUCCCCGGCACCGCACGAACUGGUGCUGCGCGGAAAGGCCGCCUGUGAGCGCCGCGGGUGGUGGCAGGUGCUGAACCCACGGCUGUCCCUUGGGUAGCGGGUAUCGCUGACGUGACCUAGAUGAGCCUUCUCUGGUGGCUUGACGGCUUUGCAGCUGAUAAUGACACCUUGGACCUUUGCCCCUAGGGAGGGAGCCCCCACGUGGCCCUCCCGACACGGCCCUCCCCGCGAGAGCACACCCGGAUGCCCUCAAAGGAGGCCGCCUGCCGCCGACCACGUGCACUUGGCGGGCCUGUCGCCUCGCUUAGCGUCUGGGACCAAGGAAAUGUUGGUGGAAAGCCAGCCUUGGGGUUGCAGGACAAAGUGAUGCUUGCACGGGCACCCGGGGCAGCAGGGUGGGACCAGGCAGUUCAUUGACCCGAAAACACCCCGGCCUUCUGGGGCUACAUAAGCCCGUGGACUCAAGCCAGAGUCUUUCACCUGGAGUAAAGCCCUCUGUCGUGUGGCCCCAGGCUCAUCUGUCUUGUCCUCUGACCCCGGCGCUCACAAACCCCGCAGUGUGGCCAGGGGCCCCUCAGUUCCCUGCCUGCCCAUGUCUUGUCCCAGCACGGGGUCCCUCCUCCGGGAAGUGCUUUCUCUCAGCUGCCUCUGGUUCAGGAUGUCCCUCGUGACCUUGGGUCCACCCCCCUCUCCUCGUGGAUCUCUCUGGAUUGGAGGCCCAAGGGUUUCCUGCCCAGACUCUGCCAGCUGAGGUAUCCCCCCCCACCCCGCCCCGCAGAGCCCUCUGGGACUCGAACCCCCUUUCAUAUCCACCCUCAGCAUUCAUGCUGCCGGACUGCUCCUUCCCACGUCGCGAGCGGCCCGACCCCAAAGUACUGGCAGCUGGUUGUUGAGUUUCUUGUACAGGUGAUUUGAUAUCAGGUGCCUUCACGAUGUCCCCGGGGAGCCAGGCCUUAGGGCCGCGUUCUCACAACUGUGGGGAGUAUCCCUUGUUUGGUCCCCACCCAGGGAGGUCCCUGGGCACCCCCCCCCCCUCCGUGGCCUCCAUCCCUGUCCGUGGUGCUGACGGUGCUGGUGGAGAGGAAAUCGCUGCGGGCAGGAGGGAGUCCCUGAGCCUUGGGAUGCUGGUCAUUUCCAGAGUGUUGACCGCCGUCUUCCCUGAGGGGCACACACACGUCCACACUCGUGCCCGGAGGGGAGGCAGAGGGUCGCGGCUGCCCGUGUGUUCCCUUUCCGGCCGCAAGUGCCCCGGGGGCUGCUGUGCACCUGCAGGCUUUCUCCCCCCGGAGGACGCAUUCCUUCAGGCUGGGGACACAUCCACUCAGUGUCACGUGCCCACUGGAGGGGGCUGUGCUGGCGAGGCUCCUGCGUGAAGGGGAGACUGCUCUUUUGACUUGAGUGUACUCGGUGAGCGAGCAACAGGCGAUUCCCCUUCUGUCUUCCUUGGUGAGAGCUGGAAGGUGUCCCCAGCAAGCCACUGGUAUGCUCACCACCACCCUCCCCCCCCUGCCCUGAGCUCACCUCUGGGUGCCCGGAGGUGGGGGGCUGGUGGGGGGACAGUGAGAAGGCCCAGCCUCUGCGGGGUCUGGGACCUGCCCACUGACCCCUGGUGGCCACAGUCCCAGUGUGCGGUGAGCUCCAUGGGCACAGGAAGACCCGUGUGCAGAGUUUGCCUUGUGAGCUGUGGCUUGUUUGUAGUCCCUGCUUGUCCUGGUGCCCAGCUCACAUUGGUGACCCUGCUUGUCCACACCCUG